AUGACAAAACCAGAGCUGAACCAUUUGAUCAUCGUAUGUUGUCAUGCGAUUUACCUAGGAGGUCCCACCAAGGGCUUAGAUGAGGAUGAGUGGUUACUCGCGCCGUUCCAGAAAGGCGAAACUCCAACAUUUGUGAAUCACGUCAAAGCAGGAUUGAGGGAAUAUGAAAAGAGUGGAAACUCCGGAGUUUUGGUAUUUUCUGGGGGCGCAACGAAACGAGGCAAGACGAGUCUCACAGAGGGGGAAUCAUAUCUGAAUCUCGCCCGAGACAACAACUUCUUCCUAUCUAAUCAUCAACAAGUCAGUGCCAAUAUCGAUACAACCAUCAUCCUCGCAGAAACCCACGCAACAGACUCCUACCAAAACAUCCUCUUUUCUCUCCUUUUAUACCGCCAACAUACGCAAUUAGCCUACCCAAAGAGUGUAACCAUCAUAACGCACGCUUUCAAACGGAGGCGGUUUUUAGACUUGCAUCUUCCUGCUAUUGGAAUCGUCCCGUCAAUGGCAAAGAUCGCGAUUUGGUUUAUAGGCGAGAAUCCGCCGGAACAUGUCACGCCUCUGGUAGAUUUAAUAGAUGGAGAAGAGAAAAGGGGCAUCGGGCUGUGGAAGGACGAUCUGUAUGGGACGGGGGAGGUGUUGGGUAGGAAACGGAGGGAAAGAGGAUGGAAUAAGCUCGAAGAAGAGAUCGUUAUAGAGUGUGAAAGAGAUGAGGUUGUCAAGAGAUUGGUGAGAUGGGAGGGAGUUGGGUUAUUUUUGGAGAUGGAUGAUUUGCCCUGGACAUAG